AUUAUUAUUAUUAGUAGUAGUAGCAGUAUCAUUAUGAGUACAUGUCCCCACAAUGCAGAGAGUCAAAAGUAUAAUGAAUGUUAUGAGAUGAUAAUUAUGACAUGUACAAUAUUAUCAUCAUCUUAAGAACCUCGGAAGUCUUUGAAUACUUUGCACCUUUUCACAAAGUGACAUUUAUGCAUGCUGUCACUUUUACAUGCUAGUAGAUAUCAGUGUCCUGAACUGUAUCAGUGUUGUUUAGUCUCUUUACACAGUUCUUAAAUCUCUGAAACUUGUUCUGCUCGGGGUUUUAUUUUGAAAACAGGAUGUUGCUGUCCUUACAAAUCGGCGCGCUUCACUUGUUCGCACGCUUUUUUCCUCAUAAAAGCCUUCGUAAGUUCAGCGUCAGAGACUUUGACCAUAGUACAUUCAUGGUGGAGUGUCAGAGAGUUCGACCGCAGCAGUUCCUGCAGAACAACUGUAGUAUUAGUUGUAAUACGGGGUUGGAACCUUCUGCAUGUAACCUAGGCAACCGGAAGCGGAAGUCAUUCAAAGGAACACAGUUCACACGUCUCCACGAGUCCCCUUGAUAUUUAUGAUAAUGCAAAAACUCAACAACCACCACUUUUAGGAACGACACCGGAAGUAGAUUAGCUGCUAGCCUCUCGUGCUACGUCAUGUUUGUGUUGAGUUAAUUUGGUGCUGCUUUCACAUUCUUAGCUCCAGGUUGUUGUCAAAUAAACUGCGUCUCAUCUCAGCCAAACCACGAUGACGGAGCAUUUCCACCUGAACACACCACUGCUGGAGAGCGUCAGCAUGUCCAAAUGUGCAGGAACCACCGUCUAUUUAAAGAUGGAGAAUUCACAGCCUUCUGGCUCCUUCAAGAUCCGGGGCAUUGGACACAUGUGCCAGCAGCUCGCCACACAGUCCAAAGGAGUGGUGUGCUCUUCAGGUGGAAAUGCAGGCAUGGCUGCAGCCUACGCAGCCAGACAGAUGGGUGUACCUGCCACCAUCGUCGUUCCCUCCUCCUCUCCUCAGGUGGUUAUUCAGAGACUCCAGGAUCAGGGUGCUGCAGUCAAAGUCAUUGGAAAGGUUUGGGAUGACGCCAACGCUGAAGCUCUCAGACUGGCAGAGAGUGAAGGACUCACCUAUGUCCCUCCAUUUGAUCACCCCUUACUUUGGCAGGGCCACGCCUCCAUCAUGUCAGAGGUCGCCGCCUCUCUGGGUCCCGGCGUGAAGCCUGGAGCGGUGGUGCUGUCUGUGGGUGGAGGAGGUCUCCUGUGUGGAGUUGUCCAGGGCCUGAAGGAUGUCGGCUGGGCAGAGGUCCCAGUUAUCGCCAUGGAGACAGUGGGGGCAGACUGUCUGAACGCUGCUGUUAAAGCGGGGAGGGUGGUCACUUUGGAUGACAUCACCAGUGAGGCUAAGUGUCUUGGAGCAAAGACAGUUUGCAGACAGGCGUUUGAAUACAGUCAGAACGGUGAGACGCCGGUGCUGUCAGAGCUGGUGACAGACGAGCAGGCUCUGCACGCUGUGGAGACUUUCCUCAAUGAGGAGCGUGUGUUGGUGGAGAUGGCGUGUGGAGCAACACUGGCAGCUGUGUACACUGGACUCGUCCACAGAUUACAGCAGGAAGGUCGCCUGCCGACCCCGCUGCGCCCCCUGCUGUUAAUCGUGUGCGGUGGCAGCAGCAUCGACGUGGAGCAGCUGAACAACCUCAGAAACAAACUCCGGACCUGAGCUCCAAAUAUGUGACAGGUGAUCUCCGAGUGAUGUGAGCACGUCAGUGACACAGUUCACUUUGUUUCAUUUAAACAAACUCCACAUCACAGUGUCGGCUCUCUCAUUUAAAAACAAACAACAAUAAUAAAGUCAUUCGUUUUGGUGAAGCAGCAGCAAAGGAUCAUGGGAAUUGUGUCUUCACCACCUGCAGAGAUUCAAAGUGCACAGCGAACGACAGAAAUGGUAAAUGAACUGAGAGGAGGACGGAAUACUGCACACAUCUGUGUUCUCAGACACUUCACAAAAACAACGUUUAUUUGACAUAGUUGUUAUUAUUAUUAUUAUCAUUAUUAUAAGUGCACUGCAGAUGGGAGAUAAAAGGUUUGUUUAAUGUUAGUGUUCAAAAGAAAACACACAAAAAUCAAGCACACAACAAGGUUUUCCUCUAAAUCAAAGAGACUAAUAUUAACAUUUCUCACUCUGAUAUUUCAUAUGAGUUUCACUGAUUAUUUCUUCUACAUAGUAGAUACAUACAUGUAUGUGUGUAUAUAUAUGUACAUAUAUAUAUACAUGUAUGUGUGUUGAAAUAGAUACAACGAGAUGAUGCAGCCGUUACAAGCUGAACAAAAUGGUUUCAAAGAAUAUUGUAAUGUAAAUAAACUUCUCCAAACAUUCA